GGUAAUGGGAAACAUCAACAAGGCUUCUAACAAGGACAGUGACAGGAAAAAGGAGGCUUCACCCAUUCAACAAAGCGACACACCGUUAGCUGCUGCAAUGCUAGGUUCCCUGGGUGGUGCAGGGGAGGUGGACACAGAGGAGGAAGAGGAGGAGGAUGAGGAAGGAGGGAGCAGGCGUGAAUUUGAGGACCCACUGUGUGCUCUGGUUAAGAACUGCAACAUGCUGCACAACAUAGUGGGGCCUGCUUGUAUCUUCCUCAGACAGGGCUUCGCUCAAAGUCAGAUUGACAGAGACCUACGACCCGAGGAAAUGGAAGAACUGCGUGAGGCCUUCAAGGAGUUUGACAAAGACAAAGAUGGAUUCAUUAGCUAUAAGGACCUGGGAGAGUGCAUGAGGACUAUGGGAUACAUGCCAACCGAAAUGGAACUUAUAGAGCUCAGCCAGCAGAUCUGUGGUGGCAGAGUGGACUUUGAGGACUUUGUGGAAUUGAUGGGUCCCAAAAUGCUUGCUGAGACUGCAGAUAUGAUUGGAGUAAAAGAGUUAAGAGAUGCCUUCAGAGAGUUUGACUCUGACGGUGACGGUCAGAUUAGCCUCGGGGAACUAAGGGAAGCAAUGAAGAAACUUAUGGGAGAACAGCUUAACCACAGGGAGAUUGAUGAGAUUCUAAGAGACGUAGACCUCAAUGGAGAUGGAGAGGUGGACUUUGAAGAAUUUGUGCGCAUGAUGUCUCGCUGAAGACUCUUUCUACUGCACUAAAACCAACAUGGACCAGACUGUGUACUGUUAAGUCUUUUCAUAUGUACAACAAAUUCUUGGUCUUUGUGAUUUUUCACUUACCUCUCAGGUAGAUCCACUAGUUUUUUUCCAUUAUAAAAAUGUAUUAUGUGCAUAAAAAUGAUAUAUUUAUGACUUCAAAUCAUAUCAAAAAUAUAAAAAUGUGAAGAUAUGUAAAUAUUUCAAGCAAUUACAGUACCACUUUGCAAUAAGGCUCCCCUUAUAGAUGGCUGAUAGUUUAUAGAUAUUUUAUUAUUUAAUCUCUAAAAACUUUAAUACUCAUUCAUAAGUGUUUAUUAUGAAUUUAACAUAUCAUACAUGCUAAACAAUUUAGUUUGACAAAAGCUUAUUGUGCUUACAAGGUAGUAACUUAGUUUGAAAUGUUGAAAAUAAACACUAGAUGAAAUACUAUAUAUAACAGAUCCAUUAUUACUAACCUUCUAUAAAAGGAACCUUAUUGUAAAGUGCUACAGUACCAUCAUUUUAUUUAAAAGUGAAAAUGUGAAAACAAAUAUUAAUCAACUGGCAUUGAAAGUCAGUUUAGACAUUAUAUAUUUUUUGUUUAUUUUUGCAAUUUGCCUGG